AUGAGGUGGGCUGGAGAAAGAAGUCUCAAAAAGGAUGACAAAACUGUUUUUUAUAGCGGAAAUAGGGAUGGAAAAUUCGAAAACGGAGUGGGAUUUGUAAUAAGUGGGAAUAUAUUACCAUAUGUUAAAGAUUUCCAGGCRAUAAAUGAGCGUAUGUGCUACAUACGGAUAACUGGAUGCAUAUUUGAUCUUGUAAUAAUAAAUUGUUACGCAUCAACUGAAGACAAGGGAGAUGAUAUCAAAGAAGAUUUUUAUGAAGAUCUUGACAGGAUAUGUGAUAUAACAUCUAAUKAUUCUGUUAAAAUAGUCCUUGGGGAUUUCAAUGCGAAAAUAGGCAAGGUCAUAUAG